UGGCUGGUUGCCCAAUCAAAUGUGGCUGUAAAGAACAUUGCAGAGAAGCUUGUGAACACAGGCUUUGAGCCUUGGAAGCUUUUGGUCUCCAAGGAUUUUCAUUUUGACUGGCAUGAGCACCUCUACCAUGCUGUUUCACCUCAGAUCAUCAGAUCUGAUGAGUUUAGAUAUGCUCCCAGAGAGCUAGAUGGCUGCAAGGUCAUUCUCUGCACUUUGAGCAUGCUUUCCCACCCCAAAAUCCACUUGUUCACUGCCAAAGUCCCUGUGAAAACUAUAGUGGUGGAUGAAGCCAGCCAGAUUGCUAUGUCUGAUUACAUUCCUCCUCUCAACUCCUUCCCCUCUCUUCACAAGUUGUGCUUCAUUGGUGAUGACAAGCAAUAUCGUAUGCCUGUUUCUAUUGGCAAGUUCAUCUCUGAGGCUGUAUAUGAUGGCCAGCUUCAAUCUCACCACAAAAUCACUACACCUGCCUGCUUCUUUGUGGAUAUCCCUGAAAGUGCAGAGAAGCGUAAUGGGACUAGCUGGGAGAACAUUGGUGAGUGCAAGGCAGUCUGCAAAAUUGCUGCCAAGCUUCAAGAGGAAGAAGAAGAGUUUCGCAUCAUUACUCCAUAUGAUGCCCAGAGAAGCACCUUAGAAAAUGAUCUCAGAGCAGCUGGUCUAUCUUGGCAUAACAAAUGCUUCAAUGUUGACUCUUUUCAAGGAAAUGAGGAUGACAAUAUCAUCAUCUCUCUAGUCAGAUCCAAAGACCUAGGCUUUCUCAAAGACCUCAGACGAACCAAUGUUAUGCUCAGCCGCUGCAAGAAGGCUAUGUUCAUUUGCUCAAGCUGGGAUUUUCUCAUAGGUGGUAAAGGUGCACAAUCUCUUGUUGGCAAAAUGGCAGCAGCAUGUGGAGAUGAUGCUUGGAUCAGCAUGCAGGAUAUUGAAGAGGGCAACUUUUAG